AUGGGCCUGGGCAUCCUCGAGCCCCGGGUUGAACACGUUCCCGGCACCGUCUACGUCUUCGAGACAGAGCAGCGACAUGCCGAACUCCUAGAAAUCAAUCAACACUUGAAGACCGACAACAAUGGUCGAACUAUUCUAAUCCCACAACCGUCUGACGAUCCCAAUGACCCGUUGGCAAUUCCCCAGAAUUGGCCUCUUUGGCAACGCGACCUCAUUCUCGCAAUCCUCUGCUUCGUCUCAUGUCUAGCGACGACCGCCUCUCCUCUACUUGCGGCCGACUCUGUGACGAUUGCGCUGGUAUUUAAGCGCACCUUCCAGGAUGCUGCUCUACUUACAGCCUACCAUCUUGUCGGCGUUUGUGUGGCGGGAUGGCUGUUCGUCGCGUCCGCAAGAGUUUGGGGAAAAAGGCAUCUGUUUCUUCUCGGAGCUCUCCUGAUGGUGGCCAGUUCUGCUUGGGGCGGAUCGACUCAUGUUCACCACAACUACGCCAGUCUGUUAUGGAGUCGUAUCUUCCAGGGUGUUGCGUUGGCACCCUUUGAGGCGCUGGUCAAUGCUUGUGUUGGUGACCUAUACUUUGUUCACGAGCGUGGCGUCCGGAUGGCUAUCACUAACACAUGCCUGUUUGGAGGUGCUUUCUUGACGCCGGUAUUUGUAGGCAUGAUUUCAGCACAUCUUGGUUGGCAGUGGAGUUUCUAUCUUCUUGCCAUCUUCAUGGCUGCUGGCUUUCUGUUGGUGUUAUUUUUCGUCCCCGAAACAGCGUACCGAAGAGCACAUUCACUUGACCUCGACCUUGUGGCCGGAGACUCGUCGACAGAUUCCCUUCCAAACGCUCAAAAUACUGGCAAGCGCGAUGCCGAAGAGAAGCCUCCUCAUGCGACCGUUGUUGCGCAGAAUCCGACCCGUAGGGUGUCUUACCUCCAAAGACUCAUGCCUUUCAACGGGCGCAAGACCGACGAAUCGUUCUUCAAACUUCUGUUCAGACCAUUCCCGCUGUUCCUACAUCCUGCUGUUGCCUGGGCGUGUCUGAUUCAAGGUGUGAUCAUCGGUUGGACCGUCAUGGUCGGAGUCAUACUCUCACUCAUCUUCCUCGGGCCACCUCUAUUCUUCAAUGAAGAGAGAGCGGGAAAGAUGUACACCAGCGCGUUCAUUGGCAGUAUGCUCGGCUUGGUACUGGCUGGCUUGUACAGCGAAGGGGUGACGAGGUUCAUGAUCCGACAACACAAAGGCAAAUACGAGCCCGAAUUCCGCAUCCUCCUGGUUAUUCCGACAUUGGUAUUUUCAGCAAUUGGCCUCUACGGCUUCGGCAUUACGGCGGUCAAUGUGACACGUUACGGCUGGCUCAUACCAGAGGUGUUCCUGGCCUUCAUCAUCAUCAGCAUGGUCAUGGGAGCCAUUGCUUCAGCGCAAUAUUUGCUUGACGCUCAUCGUGAGCUUGCCGUGGAAGCAUUCACGACUCUGUUGAUCUUCAAGAACAUCUUUUCUUUCGUUCUCGCAUACAAUGCUUACAACUGGGUGUUUGCCAUUCGCAUCAACCAUUUGUUUAUCAUCUUUGGCAGCAUUGAAGUGGCAAUUUGUCUGCUUAGCAUACCGAUGUAUGUGUUUGGCAAGAAGAACCGCGAGUUUUUCCAUCGACACGAUAUACUACGGAUGACUGGGCUUAGAUAA